AUGUUCUUCCACAGUACCAUCAUCUUCUCAUUAUCCACCACUCUCUUCUUCAUACUCACAGUCCUCACAAUCCCCCAAACAACCAAAUCAUCAUCAUCAUCAUCAGAGAAGAAAUCCCCAUCUCGGCCCAAAAUCAACAUCACGAAACAUCUCUCCUUCCCCAAUUUCGGCCGAACCAGCCCGGAAGCCCAAACCAUCCAAGACCUCACACUCCUUGGCAGUGCCGCCGUCUCGCCUCAAACGGGUUGCAUCCAAAUCCCCGAAAACAACCUCCAAAACACAGCCGGUCGAGCAAUCUACUCUUCCCCUAUCCGUCUACUCGACCCUAAAACCCGUUCCCCUGCCUCAUUUACAACCACCUUCUCCUUCCGGAUCCACAACCCGUCAGCCCGACCAGGGCCCAUCUCGGGCGGGCUGAGCUUUGUCAUCGUACCCGACGAGCUCACAGUCGGCAGGCCUGGCCCGUGGCUCGGCAUGCUUAACGACGCGUGUGAGGAUGAAUACAAAGUGGUCGCGGUUGAGUUCGAUACUCGCAUGAACCCGGAGUUUGGGGACCCGAACGAUAAUCACGUGGGACUUGAUCUCGGCAGCAUAGUCUCAACUAUUUCCAUAAACGCCUCAGAUUUCGGGAUUCGUCUAAAUGAUGGCUCGGUUCACCGGGCCUGGAUAAAUUACGAUGGAAACAGUAAAUUCUUCGAAAUAUAUCUCGGGCCGGACGAGCUAACACUCCCAAGUAGAGCCGCUUAUUCGGGUAAUCUCGAUCUUUCGCCUUAUCUUAACGAAUACAUGUUUGUCGGGUUCUCGGGCUCGACCGGCGGCAACCACACGGAGGUCCAUAGCAUAUGCUCGUGGAAUUUCACUUCCGCUAGUCGGGCUGUUCUUCGGGUCCCGUCAGACAAAAGUUGCGCGGGUAAGAUCACGGGUAGUUUAGUAAAUGGGAGUACCGUGGCCGUGAAGCGUUUUCACAGACCGUUUUCGGGGGUCCGUGACUCGGACAUGAGGAGGAGGAUGAUUAAGGAAGUGAAGGCGCUCGGGAAAAUUCGACACCCAAAUUUGGUAUCGAUCCGAGGGUGGUGCUUCGACCGUGGGGAGACGAUCGUAGUUUACGAUUUUGUCCCUAAUGGAAGUCUCGACAAGUGGCUUUUCGGGUUCGGGGUUUUGCCUUGGACGAGACGGUUUAAGGUGGUUAAGGACGUAGCCGAGUCGUUGAGCUACAUUCACUCGAAGGAUUUGGCUCACAAGAAUGUGAAAACGAGUAGCGUGUUCCUUGACAUAAGCUUUCGGGCCCUAUUGGGGGAUUUCGGGUUCGUCCUGUCAACGGUCGAGUCGACUCGGUUCGAGUCGCUCGUGAGCCAAAAGGUGGAUAUUUUCGAGUUUGGAGUGUUGGUGUUGGAGGUGGUUUCGGGCCGGGGCAGGAUGGGUUCCGCGCCGGGUGAGCGUGACUUGUUGGAUCUCGCAUGGGCCAUGCACGAGUCGGACAAGAAGGGGACGCUCGUGGACCGGAGGAUGGGCCCGGUCGUGAAUCCGGAUCAGGCGAUACGGGCCGUGGAAGUUGGGCUGAUGUGCACGUUAAACGAUAACAAGGGGCGGCCAACGAUGGAGGAGGUGGUGGACUACUUGAAUUUUGAGAGGCCCGUGACCGAGCUGCCGACUGUCCGGCCCGUUUCGUUGUUCCCGUACAGCAGCACGACUGGGUUGUGCAGUGGGUACUCUUGUGCUCCGUUCAAGUGA